GCGGUAUACUAGAGUUGUUGUUUUAUCGUUUUGUAUUUACAGUGUUAAUUUCUAAUGAAUGUGAUAUUAUUACAGACACCGUAUCUUACAUCACUUUCUAAAUAUUCUGAGAUUUCUGAUCACUGUUUAGGUGCCAUUUGGAGUAUUCUACUCGGUUUGGGACUCCUUACCUUAAGAAAGAAAUUGGUAAAGGUUCAAAUGAGGGCUACUAGGAUGUUUCCAGGGAUGGAAAAGUUGUCAUAGGAAGACAGUGUCCUUUUAUUAUGGAAGACUACAAAUUUCUUUUCAAGGUUGUUUUAGUUGGAAAUGCUGGUGUUGGAAAAACCUGCCUUGUAAGACGUUUCACUCAGGGUCUGUUUCCUCCAUAUCAAGGAGCAACAAUUGGAGUUGAUUUUUUAAUUAAGACUGUAGAAGUUGAAGGAGAGAAAGUCAAGCUUCAGAUAUGGGACACUGCAGGACAAGAGAGAUUUCGUUCUAUUACACAGAGCUAUUAUCGCAGUGCUCAUGCUUUGAUUCUGGUAUAUGACAUCAGCACACAACCAACAUUUGACUGUUUGCCAGAUUGGUUGAGAGAGAUUGAGCAGUAUGCAAACCCAAGAGUUUUAAAAGUGUUAGUAGGAAAUAAAAUUGAUAGAGAAGAUAGAGAAAUCCCUAGCCAUAUAGGAGAAGACUUUGCAAGGGCUAAUGAGAUGUAUUUCAUUGAAACUUCAGCCAAAGAGGCAGACAAUGUAGAAAAAUUGUUCAUGGAAAUUGCAGCACAGCUUACCCAUGAAGCAUUGGUCAGCAGGUCACAUUACAAUGGUAUUUCUGGAGAAGUCUCUUCAUCAGUUAUUGAAUCUAAAGAUGGAAGUGAAAGUCAGUGUUGCAAAUUUUCGUGAGGUGGUUUUUACUUGCUAAGUAAUUUUAACUAGCCUUAAUUUCUACAGUAUUAGGAAGAAAUUCUAACAGGCAAUGUAUCUUGAAGAUAUGUGCUUCCAAGUUGAAACACAGUCUUUGAUUUCCUGAUGGUUUGUCCUUUGUGUAAGUCAGAACUCUGUGCAUAAGUCGCAUAAGGUCCCUUAGUAUUCUAACAGAUAUGUUAAAAUAUGUUAUGGAAAGUUACAGCAUUUCUGUAAUGGUGCAGUGUUGUAAAUGUAUGCAUAAGUUAGUUGUUGUGAGAAAAAUUCUACAUGUAAUUUCCAAACAUUAUUAUGACAUUUGUGGUAUAAAACUGUUUAUUUGUGAAGGCUGUAGUUAUAUUGUGGAAAAUAUCUGAAUGUGAGAGUUAAUAUUAUAAUAUAACAUAUGCUGUUCUAUAGAAACUUGGUCGAAUUCACGUGAAAUCCAGUGGGACUUGUCAACAUUUUCCUCUUCUAUGUGAUUUUAAUAGUUUGGAUAUUAAAGUAUUUAAUUGUUUCCCAGUUUUUGUUAAUACCAAACCUGAUUUCCCUUUGUACUUGAUUAUUAGUGCACAUAAUUUAAUUAAUCAUUAUUAGUUUAUUAAAUUCUAACAUUCAAGUAUAUAUAUUCUCUUUCUCGUGUACAUGGUUUUUGUAAGACCUUUAGUACAUUAUAGAAUUCCACAACCUUUGACCAAUUAUAGAGCUAUGUAUUAAAGCACUUAACUAAGGAUUUACUGUGCACUGUUUGUGUGGCAUUGUAUUUUUCUGUUUAGGCACAAGGUGAGUUGUGUUAAGCACUUGUGGUUUCUCAAGGAUUUCCAGCUAAGCAGAAAAGUCCAAGUCUGCAAAACGGGAGGUUCACAGAUCUCGUAUGUAGGUGUGUUUCUUGACAGGUGCAACAGUUGGGCCACAAAGAAUAAGACAGGAAACAGGUUUAUAGAGAAACAAAUAUUUAAUGGAAGUAUUCACAUUUUACAAUGUAAACAACAAUGCGCUAUUAUACAGUGCGAGACAAUGCUACAGCAAUACAGUUUAUGGUAGGCAAGUCAUUGUGUGUUUGGAUAUGCGACCAAAAAGGGUGUGAGACUAGUAAGAGCAAUGAAGACUUUUGUGAAAAAUAUGGUCUUGCUAGUGCAUGUUCUUCCCGUGUAACUUAGGCCAGCAUAUAAAAGAAAAUGACUAAAAGAGAGCAACUCCAAGUGAAAAGGUUACAUAAUAAAGUUAUCCCUCACUUUAGUCUCACAAGAGCAAAAUCCAAGUUUCCACUUGAAUUUGACCACAACAAUAAUAAUCCAAACUUUAACUAUAAACCUAUGCCCCACUAUCCUAUAAAGCAAUUUAUACACAAUUCACUCAUGAACUUAAACAACUACUUAAAGGUGAAAGCCAAAUGGCACCCACACAAAUGAAAAUGAAAGUUAACCCUAAAGUUACAAGAAAGCUUGAGGAGUUCUUGGAGAAAAAUAUUACAUAAAAGUACUUAAGCCUGUUAUCAACAAUUGAAAGUAAUAACUUUUAAAGAGUUCUCAUGUAGAAGUUAAAUUUGAAGGAACACUAGAAAAAUACUAUUUAAGUCUAAAUGAAACUAACUGUUAUUCUAUGUAAAUCUCUGUAAAAUUUAGGCACAAUUUCCUUAAAAUCUGUGCCAAAUCUUGAUAAAAUCUACUCUUUCAAGUCCCAACACUGUUUUCAAUAUGGUAAUAAACUCUUGAAUAUUUGACAUAAGAGAACAGUGAUUGAUGCUUGUUAGAUCAGCCAGCCAACAGGCAGUGAAGAUCUUGGGUGAUUCCACCCACAACUACUGCCCUAUUUGCUGACAAUGAUAACUCAACGUGCUAAUUAAAAAUCACAUUGUUAUUCCUGCAAGAGAAUUAGAAGAUGCCUAAUCUCUAUUUGGCCCAAUUAAUUCCUGGGGAAAGUUUGUCAGAGAAAAAGAAAACAUUAGUGGUCUUAACUUUAAAAGAAGUAGAAAACAUGUAGUACAGCCUGGUAUUACACACUACAACAAAAUCCUCUUGCAUGAAAAUUGAUUACAGUGAAUAAGUGACUACAUUUAAAUCAGUCAAGCAAGCAGUGGCAUUAUAGAGUUAUACAGACACAAGUCAUAAAUACCAAAAUGUUUGAUUAGGUUAUAUAACUAGUGCCAUCUAACCUCUCUGCUAAAAAUUGCAAUGCUGCUUAAGACACUGGAUGGUGUGCUUAAUAUUGUGCAUUUUACCAUAUGACUGUUUUCACUUACUUGACAGUUUUUGUGGUUUUAUAAUGUGUCAAAGAUUCUACAUGUAAUACAUAUAAAUAGAGUGGAAAUCUGUAAAUUGUUUUAACAAAACUCUGAUAAAAUACUUGAGGAUAAUUAUUGAGAAAGAGGUUGCAUAGUUCAUACACUAUGCUUUCGAAAUGCUCAUGAAAAUGUAUAUUUUAUUUUAAGUUCAUGUGUCUAUUUAUUGCAUUUUUACAUCAAGCCUUAAUUUAUUGAAUACAGAUUGUAUAAUUUCAAGUUGUGACUUGAUUUUACAUGUUUGUUUUUUUAUUGUGUUUUGUAUCUGCUGAAGUUUUGUCUGAGGUGUAUUUUUACUUCAUCUAAUAGACUGAGAAUAAGACUGUAGCAGACUUGUCUUAAAGUUUUCUCAGGGACUAGUAAAUUAAUGAUGAAAGAGUGAUGCUUCUUUCUUUUAUAUAACUUAUAAAUAAAAAAUUUUAGAUCUUGGAUUCUAAAUUUUUUCAAGAUCUUUUCAGAAUGUACAGUAUCUGUUGGUUCAAUCAUUUUUACUAUUUUAAAUGUUUUGUGUAAGUUGCUCAGGGGAAGUACACUCUGACUUUCUGCUAUCUUUAUUCAUCAUUACUGUGAAGUGAUAAAAUUUUGUAUUUUAAUCUUUGAGGUUUUUAUCCGUGCAUUCUAUUUUUUUUUCUUUAGAAUGUUCAUCUAGAUGGUUAGAUCAACAUACAAAAUACACUUAAAACUUACUUGAAAUUUUCCAUCUUAAUAGGAACUUUUGAAGAACCUAGUUUAUUUUCAAUAUGUUAAAAUAACCAAAAAUUCCUUUCAUAAGAAGUUAUAUAGUUUUUACAUAAGAUUUUCAGAUAUGAUAUUUAUAAGCAAAAGGCAAAACUUCAAAGCGGUUAUUUUCUGAAACUGGUCAUUUUAAAAAGAACAAGAAAAUGGAUAGAACUUGUGACAUAUUUUUAGAUUCCUGCCUUUUGUAAAAAAUCUAAAUAUUUCCUUGUUUGUUUCAAAGCUUCAAUAAACCUUAAAUUGCUACACAUAA